AUGGAAGAUAACGAGUUUCUGGAGCUGCAGCUUCCAGAGUCACGGGUUUUGAUCAUCAUCACAGGUGGCACAAUUUGCAUGCGGAAAUCCAAAGAUGGUCUUGUACCUGCAAAGGGCUUCUUGAAGUCAGGUCUCGCACCACGACCCGUGUUCAACGAUGGCUCUUAUCCUGAGCCACUGGAGAUUGUCACGGAUGACAAGGGUACACGCAAGGCUGUGCAAAGCUUGCGCACACCCGUCAGCACGUACGAGCGCCGUGUGCGGUAUUGUGUGCUUGAGUUUGAGAAGCUGCUGGACAGCAGUUCGAUCAAUGCCCAGGAUUGGGAUCAGAUUGCAAGGACAGUGCAGAGAAACUACCAGCUCUUCGACGGAUUCGUCAUCCUUCACGGCACAGACUCGUUGGCGUACACAUCGAGCGCUCUGAGCUUCAUGUUUCACAACCUGGGUAAACCAGUCAUUCUCACUGGUAGCCAAGCGCCGAUGAUGGAGCUACAGACAGAUGCCCAGGACAACCUGCUCAAUUCGCUCAUCAUUGCUGGACACUUCAUGAUUCCAGAAGUCUGCCUGUUCUUCAACUUCAAGCUGUUCCGUGGCAACCGGGCAAAGAAAAUAUCCGCUGAGAGCUUUGAUGCCUUUGGGAGCCCUAACAUGGUACCUUUGGCAACAGUUUCAUCGACACGGACAAACGUCCUGUGGCACCGAGUUCAUCGUUCCACAGAUCUCAACCCCUUCAGCAUACAAGAGAACCUGGAUACGGCACACGUCGUGGUACUCCGUGUCUUCCCCGGCAUGACGCCUGCCAUGGUGGAUGCAGUGCUGCAUCUGGAAGGUCUCAAGGGGCUUAUCUUGGAGACAUUCGGAGCAGGCAACGCACCAGCGGGGCCCGACGGUGCCAUGAUCCGCGUGCUGGAAGAUGCUGUGAAGAGGGGGAUCGUGAUUGUGAAUGUGACGCAGUGCCUGAGCGGCAACGUCAGCCCAACGUACGCGCCUGCAACCAUCCUAGGUCGGGCUGGAGUCGUGUUCGGACAGGACCUGACGACAGAAGCCGCACUCACCAAGCUUGCUUAUCUGUUGUCCAUUCCCAAUGCAUCGCCCGGAGACGUUGCGAGGCAGAUGAUGAUCUCCAUUCGUGGAGAGCUGACCGAGGCAACGCGAACUCAUUUCGAGCAUCCCCAGAAAAGCGGGCUGAUGACCCCGGAAUUGACGAGUCUGACGGCUCUCGGCUACGCGGUCCAGAAGGGCGACCUGCAAGAGACAAGGGACAUCAUCAGGAGCGAGUCUCGCUGGCUCCUAAAUGACGCAGACUACCAGGGCUGCACCCCCGUUCAUCUCGCGGCCACGAGCCCAAAGGUUGAAAUCCUUCGCGACUUUCUCGCACAGGGCGCGUCGGUCCAUCUUCGCAACCGAUCCGGCAAUACCCCGCUUUUCCUGGCGGCGGCAGCAGGGCUAAGGGACCACGUACAGACGUUGAUCGAUGCCGGUGCCCAUCUGCACUCUGAGGAGUUGAGUGCAGCCAAGCUGCAUGCAGCCGAGGGCGACGGCAGCGCAGAGGUCUGGAAGCUCGUGAUUGGCUGA